CGUCGGGAGGGACAAGAUGGGCCCACGUUCACGGUCACCCCACUCGUGCGCACGCGCCACGUGGGCCUGCGGACUCGCCGAGGACCGUUGGCUGCGUACGGGGACACCCGCACUAGCUGCUUUGACCUUUGGAGCACCCCUGUGAACUCUGCGUCCCAACUGAAUUCCCCUGAGACUCGGAGACACCAAGCCGCUCGCCCGGGAGCACCCAGAUGGGACGUGGCUGCCCUGGGGUUUGAGGGAGAGCGGCCUUGGUGGACUCCGGAGCCCGCUCACUUGAGGCUGCGGUUAGCGACUUGAACUUGGUGGACUCCGGACCCCGCUCUCUAUGAGACUGUGGUUAGAGACUUGAACUUGGGACCUAUUUGCUUUAUUUGGGGACACGACAUUGUUUGAGUCCGAGCUGCGGCUGACGGCCUUGCGUCGGGCACCGCUUCCUGCCCUCUGUGCAGGCCCAGAAGGGUCAGGCGGCUUCUGCGCUCCCUGACCGACCUCCCCUGCCCCCAAAUUCAACGGGGUGAUAUGGAGGGUAAGGGGACUGUCCUCAGUGCUGGGAGCUCUCGCGAUCCCAACAGACAAACCUGGGGAGGGCAGGAUUCCUAAAGGAAACCGGAAAACACGUGGGAAACGCUCCAACUCCUGGAUCACCGGAGAAAAGAUAAUUAUAAAAAGGCAGCUUUUUUUUUUUUUUUUUUUUUUGCGCAAGGAAAAAUACCACCUACAGGCUGAUGAAGGUUUAAAAAAAUCCCCUUUUGUUGAAGGAACAAUUUGCUGGUGUAGUUUCAGAAUGUCAAGUACUGUGUCCUACUGGAUCUUAAAUUCUGCAAGGAACAGCAUUGCCACAUUACAAGCAGGCAAACGCUUAUACUCAAGAUGUGUCUCAAAUAGGAAUAAAUCAAAAUGGAGACUCUUUUCACAGCUGCCACUCACCCUAAAAAACAGUUCCGCAUGUGGUAGCUUCAAUCUGUGGAAAGCCCACAGACACACGUCGACGGAGGAGGAUGAUUUCCACUUGCAGCUCAGCCCUGAGCAGGUAAAUGAAGUGCUUCGAGCUGGAGAGUCAGUCCACAAGAUUCUUGAUGUUGACAGUGGAGUCCCAAAUUCGGUGUUGCGGUUUGAAAGCAACCAGUUGGCUGCCAAUUCCCCAGUGGAGGACCGGAGAGGUAUAGCCUCCUGUCUGCAGACCAGCGGACUGAUGUUUGGCAUCUUUGAUGGACAUGGUGGUCACGCAUGUGCACAAGCCGUGAGUGAGAGGCUCUUCUACUAUGUGGCGGUGUCCCUGAUGUCCCACCAGACCCUGGAGCAGAUGGAGGGAGCAAUGGAAAGCAUGAAGCCCCUGCUGCCCAUCCUACAGUGGCUCAAGCAUCCGGGGGACAGUAUCUAUAAGGAUGUCACGUCAGUACAUCUUGACCACCUCCGUGUCUAUUGGCAGGAACUACUUGACCUGCACAUGGGAAUGGGACUGAGCAUUGAGGAAGCAUUAAUGUACUCAUUCCAGAGACUGGAUUCUGACAUCUCACUGGAAAUCCAGGCCCCUCUUGAAGAUGAGAUGACAAGGAACCUGUCACUCCAGGUUGCUUUCUCUGGGGCAACUGCUUGCAUGGCUCAUGUCAAUGGAAUUCACUUGCACGUGGCAAAUGCUGGUGACUGCCGGGCCAUUCUUGGUGUCCAGGAGGACAAUGGCAUGUGGUCUUGUCUUCCUCUCACCCAUGACCACAAUGCUUGGAACCAGGCUGAGCUGUCCCGGCUAAAGAGGGAGCACCCCGAGUCAGAGGACAGGACGAUCAUCAUGGACAACAGGCUGCUAGGUGUCCUCAUGCCCUGCAGAGCCUUCGGGGACGUCCAGCUGAAGUGGAGUAAAGAGCUGCAGCGCAGUGUCCUAGAGAGGGGCUUUGAUACUGAGGCCCUCAACAUUUACCAGUUCACUCCCCCACACUACUAUACUCCACCCUACCUGACUGCCGAGCCUGAGGUCACAUACCACAGGCUGAGGCCCCAGGAUAAAUUCCUUGUGCUGGCCUCAGAUGGCCUGUGGGACAUGCUGGGCAAUGAGGACGUGGUGAGGCUGGUGGUGGGGCACCUGGCUGAACCGGGUCAGCAUAAACCAGAUCUGGCCCAGAAACCUGCCAACCUAGGGCUCAUGCAGAGCCUGUUGCUGCAGAGGAAAGCCAGUGGGCUCCACGUGGCAGACCAAAAUGCAGCCACACAUCUGAUUAGACACGCCAUUGGGAGCAACGAGUACAGGGAGGUGGAGCCGGAGCGGCUGGCAGCGAUGCUGACAUUGCCAGAGGACUUGGCAAGGAUGUACAGGGAUGAUAUCACUGUUACUGUGGUGUAUUUUAACUCAGACUCAAUUGAUGCCUAUUACAAGGGGGGUUAAGAGUCUCCCAUCCUAUUGCCAAGGUUAAUAUAAAUGCUCUUUUAAAAUA